AUGGAGGCCGACGACGGUCAGCCGCCCUCAUCGGUCGAGGAGCAGCAGCGCAUCGCCCAGGUCGACAAUGCCAUCCGCGCCAUAAGAGAGAAGAAGCCGGUGCCUGAGAUCGACUUCACCCUCCAUACUAUGGAGGAUGGAACCCAGGUCAACACCCAGGAGCGGGUUUGUAAAGAUGUGCAAGCCCCGGCCACAUUUACCCCGAGUGACGAGCAGUUCUUUGAAGACGAAACCCACUCCAAGCCCAACAUCAACUUCCUCAAGCAGCAUUUCUACCGCGAGGGCCGCUUGACCGAGGAGCAGGCGCUAUGGAUCAUCAGGAAGGGCUCCGAGCUCCUCCGCGAAGAGCCCAACCUGCUGGAGAUGGACGCGCCCAUUACGGUGUGCGGUGACGUCCACGGCCAGUACUACGAUCUCAUGAAGCUCUUCGAGGUCGGUGGCGACCCGUCCGAGACCAGAUACCUCUUCCUCGGCGACUACGUCGACCGUGGGUACUUCAGUAUCGAGUGCGUCCUUUACCUGUGGUCCCUCAAGAUCCACUACCCUAAGACGCUGUGGCUCCUGCGAGGCAAUCACGAGUGCAGGCAUUUGACCGACUACUUCACCUUCAAGCUCGAGUGCAAGCACAAGUACUCGGAGGCCAUCUACGAGGCCUGCAUGGACUCUUUCUGCUGCUUGCCCCUCGCCGCUGUUAUGAACAAACAGUUCCUGUGUAUCCACGGUGGCCUCAGCCCCGAGCUGCACACCCUCGACGACCUGAGGGCCAUCGACCGCUUCCGCGAGCCGCCCACCCAGGGCUUGAUGUGUGACAUUCUGUGGGCUGACCCGCUCGAGGACUUCGGCCAGGAGAAGACGAGCGAGUUCUUCAUGCACAACCACGUGCGCGGCUGCUCCUACUUCUUCUCCUACCCCGCCGCCUGCGCAUUCCUCGAGAAGAACAACCUGCUGUCCAUCAUCCGCGCGCACGAAGCCCAGGAUGCUGGCUACCGCAUGUACCGCAAGACGCGGACGACUGGCUUCCCCAGCGUCAUGACCAUCUUCUCCGCGCCAAACUACCUGGACGUCUACAACAACAAGGCCGCUGUGUUGAAGUACGAGAACAACGUUAUGAACAUCCGUCAGUUCAACUGCACGCCGCACCCGUACUGGCUCCCCAACUUCAUGGACGUCUUCACCUGGUCUUUGCCUUUCGUGGGAGAGAAGAUCACGGACAUGUUGAUCGCCAUCCUGAGCACCUGCUCCGAGGAGGAGCUCAAGGACGAGACCCCGGUCACCACGUCGCCUGGCCCUGCCUCCCCUCCGCUCAACGACCCGCUCAAUGAUCCCGACUCUAUUGAAUACAAGAGGCGCAACAUCAAGAACAAGAUCCUCGCCAUUGGCAGAUUAUCUCGUGUGUUCCAGGUCCUCCGCGAGGAAUCGGAGAAGGUUACGGAGCUCAAGACCGUUUCCGGCGGUAGGCUCCCUGCCGGUACUCUCAUGCUGGGUGCCGAGGGUAUCAAGAACGCAAUCAGCAGUUUUGAGGACGCGAGGAAGGUUGAUUUGCAAAACGAAAGGCUUCCGCCGACCCAUGAGGAGGUGCAGAAAGCCGCCGAUGAGCAACAUGCUGCCGCCUUGGAGCGCGCCAAACGAGAGGCUGACAACGACAAGAAGUUGCAAUCCUUGUCUCGGAGGCUUAGCACUGACCGUAAGCGAUAG